AACUAGGUACCAUUGAUGGAGCUUCUUGUAAUUGCCUUUAAAGAAAGCCGACGAAAUACAACCGCGUGAUAGCACCACUAUUUCAGCGCUCCCAGACGACUGAUCAAGAAACGAAAUCCGCAUAUCUGUACAGCGGUUCCGGGACGGGCUUGGCGAUUCCAGUGGCCACAAAGUACAUGCCAGUAACUCUCGCUACUAAAGCAUAUGAUCGCGAACGAAUAGAAGAACAUGGCAACUGCAUUUUCCUUCCCGAUUAAACAGUUCUGCGGUCAGCAUUUACUCAAUCCCGAGCUCCUCUCCUUUUCUUUCUUUUUUCUUGCCUUGUGUGGUCGGGCUUCAUUCCACAAGUGGGGCGAAUUAUGCCACGUCACGUCGAAGCGCCACACACCUUCAUCACCGCGCUUGCUCUGUGCGCCCGAUCGCGACAGGGCACGCGAGUGAGUCUCGAAAAAAAGGCAUGCAAACAAUGUCCUUUUACUGAUCGGUGACGCAUUUUUGCAGAUGUGCUGAAGGGCAUCUUCGCCAAUAAAAGGCGAACCUACAGAAAGGAAAAAAAGAAAGUCCGCACGACAACGAGCGGCCAGCCUGCAAGCGAGGUGUAUACUGGCAAGUGGAUUUUCUUCGCCGCGAUGCGGUUCCUGGAUGCUGUUCCGGAGCCAAACCACCGAUUUUGCAGCGGGGACUAUGGCAGCUCGGCAAGUUCAGCUAUAGAGCCUCACCACAACCGAGAUAUCCUGGCACCUGCAGAACAGAGUGGUGGGGAAGAAGGGGAGCUGUCCGUGAUGCUGGAGGAAAGCUCGAGCACCAACUCCCCAACCACGUCGAGAAGAGUCGAGUCGCCGCCCACACUCAGCACAAAACGGCCGAGGCAGUUACGCUCCUCGGGGCCGUCAAGCGAGGACUGGGUCCAGAGGCAGGCAGUUUUGCACAGUAUUGCCUCAGCCAUGCAGCAACCGUCCGAGCCAAACGACGCCUCUUUUUUCUUUGCCAAAACGAUUGCGGCUCAUAUGAGGCAGCUGGACGCUGUGAAGCAGGUGCAGUGCCAGAAAGAAAUUCUGGACACAGUUGAAAAAUUUCUGACAAUGUAAAUAA